AUGGCUAUUGGCAAUUUGUUCCAUGGUCUACCCAAUGAAGACCCAUAUGCACACUUGGCAACAUAUAUUGAGAUAUGCAAUACUGUCAAGAUUGUCGGUGUGCCAAAAAAUGCUAUUCGGCUCAGCUUAUUUUCAGUUUCAUUAUCUGCAGAAGCCAAGAGGUGGCUGCAUUCAUUCAAAGGUAAUAGCUUAAGGACUUGGGAUGAAGUUGUGGAAAAGUUUUUGAAGAAAUAUUUUCCUGAGUCCAAGACAGUAGAGGGAAAAGCUACAAUUUCUUCAUUCCAUCAAUUUCCCAAUGAAUCUUUGAGUGAAGCUUUAGAACGGUUCUGUAGCUUGCUGCAGAAGACCCCCACACAUGGAUUUUCUGAGCCUAUACAAUUGAACAUCUUCAUUGAUGGGUUAAGGCCGCAGUCGAAGCAGUUACUAGAUGCUUCUACAGGAGGUAAAAUUAAAUUAAAGACUCCUGAAGAAGCAAUGGAGUUAAUUGAGAAUAUGGCUAAUAGUGACCAUACAAUCUUGCAUGACAGAACACAUAUCCCCACCAAAAGGAGUUUAUUGGAGCUGUCAUCACAAGAUGCUUUGUUGGCUCAAAAUAAGUUGUUGUCCAAGCAGCUUGAAGCUUUAACUAAAACAUUAAGUAAGUUGCCAACUCAGCUUUCUGCUAGUCAACCUUCACCUUCUUUUGUUUUGCAGGUUGCAUGUUGUGCUAUUUGUGGUGGUGCUCAUGAGUCAGGCUGUUGUAUUCCCACUGAGGAUCAUGCACAUGAAGUUAAUUACAUGGGAAACCAGCCUAGACAAAAUUUUGAUGCAGGUAGAUUCUCAGGAUUUCAGCAGGGCCAAAAUCAUAACCAACAGUAUGGACAGUGGAGAGCUCAUCCUAGUAAUCAAUUCAACAAAGACCAGGGAGGGCCAUCCAAUAGGCUGUAG